GAAAGAGAAAGGCAGAAUUUAAUGAGACAAGAAUCCCAAAGAGAAGAUUCCUUGUUAAUAGUGCCAUCACACGAGGAGAACGUUCCAUCUGUUACUUUGUAGACUUGAAAGAGCAGAACAAACUACUACUGAAGAGGAUUCAGGCUGGUGAAUUCAUUGCAUUACAUGGCCCAAGAGCUUCUGGUAAAUCCACACAGGCACUGAUGAUCCAGGAACAGCUACAAGAAGAAGGGUUCAUUUGUAUAUAUGCAUCUUUUGAACAAGUCAACAUUAGAGAUGGAACAGAUGUCUUCUGGCAAACACUUGGCAAAGCACUUCAACGUGAUGCAACAGAAUUCCUUGGUCCUCUAGAACACCUGAAAAUUAAAACUGCAAGUGAUUUUCUUGAUAUGUUUCAUCGAACAAAAUGGAAAUUUUCUGAUGCUGUGCUUAUACUUGAUGAGUUUGAUACACUGUACAAUGCAACAGAGGAUGUUCUCAACUCGUGCUUGACAACAUUUCGUAGCAUCAAGAGUAAAAAAGAUGACUACUUUAUACACUCUAUGGUUGCCAUUGGCCCUUUUAGCAUUUUGUAUAUAGACUCAAAAAGAUUGACUACAUCACCAUUUAAUGUGAAGACACCAUUCCAGAAUCAAAAUUUCACACUCGACCAAGUACACACUUUAUACAACGAAUUCACAGAGGAAUAUGCCUUGAUCAUUGAUCUGCAAGUCAUUGAAGAUGUUUUCAUGCAAACGAAUGGGUAUGCUAUUAGUAAGUCAGAGUUAUUGGAAACAAUUCUUACAUGA